AGGAGAGAAAACCCCACCACCAAAACUCUCUUUAAAACUGACCACCAACUUCUCAUUUUCCUCUCAACUUCCAUUUCCUCUUCUUGCGUUCCUCUCCCCUCCCCUUUCGUCCUCUGCCGUCCAGUUCUUCUUAAAUCUACAUCUUGAAUCUAUAUGAUGUGUUGGGCAUCAAUCCUCAUCCAAACAAAGCGUUAAGAUGGUGGGUUGAAGUCACUGUGCAUUUACCUCCUUUUUUUACUUUAUCGUUUCAAUAGGAGAACUGAGCUCAUGUUCAUACAGAGAGAGAUCGUUAGCUAUUUGGAGCGUAAAUAUGGGAAUCCUGAAGAUUUCUUGCAUCGCCAGCUUUCUUCUGCAGAAAAGACCUUUCACCAUGAGGCCAUUGUUUAAAUGUUGGGCUUUGGACCUGGAUUUUACCAGCUUCCUUUGACAUCUAAGAUAUGGAUUAUGAUGUACAGUUUGGUACUCGGCUUUCUGUAAAAUAAAGAAUGCUUAUUAGACUUUGUUAGACAAGAUGACACGCCAUACCUAAAGCAUGGCAUAGCAUCGGAAUGGCAUCAAACAGAGCCAGUCCAGUUUAUACCGAUAGUAUAAUUGAUAGGCAUCACGUCUUGAUGGUUCUGGCUCUUUAAAGUUUAAACCACUGGUUGCACAUUUAAUAGUUGAGGGCUGAUUCUGGCUUAAAUCUAUUUAUGGAGGCCUUGGCAACUUGUUCAAGUGCUAUAAAACAAGCACAGGGCAGGAAAACUUCUCUAAGUAAUGCCAAGAAUGAUUUAUGGACUAUUGCUCGUGAAGGAUCUUUAUCAGAACUUGACCUUGCUUUGGCACAAGUGAAAAGGAAUGGUGGAAAUGUUGAUGUGAGGAAUAUGUUUGGCCUUACUGCUCUUCACAUUGCAACCUGGAGAAAUCAUGUGCCCAUUGUGAAAAGGCUGCUGGCUGCUGGUGCGGACCCCAAUGCAAGGGAUGGAGAAUCAGGAUGGACUAGCCUACACAGAGCUCUCCACUUUGGCCAUCUUGCUGUUGCUGGAGUUCUUCUCAACUCAGGAGCAUCUCUCACAUUGGAAGAUUCCAAAUGCCGUACCCCUGUUGAUCUUCUCUGUGGGCCAGUAUGCCAGGUUGUUGGAGCUAAAGAUGGUUCAGCUAUUACGGAAGUGUUUAGCUGGGGAAAUGGUGCAAACUAUCAGCUCGGAACUGGGAAGGCGGAUAUACAAAAGCUGCCUUGUAAAGUUGAUGCACUACAAGGCACUCAUGUAAAAUUUGUUGCUGCGGCAAAGUUUCACAGUGUAGCUGUUGGUGCUAGUGGAGAAUUGUAUACUUGGGGAUUUGGAAGAGGUGGUCGCCUCGGUCACCCUGACUUUGACGUUCAUAGUGGUCAGGCUGCCGUUAUCACUCCUCGGCAACUAAGUAGUGGAUUAGGUUCUCGACGUGUUAGAGCUGUCGCAGCAGCUAAACACCACACUGUUGUUGCAACAGAAGGAGGGGAAGUGUUUACAUGGGGGUCCAACAGAGAAGGACAGCUUGGCUAUACUUCAGUGGAUUCUCAACCCACACCACGGCGUGUUAGUUCUCUUAGGAACAAAAUAAUUGCAGUUGCUGCUGCGAACAAGCACACUGCUGUGGUAUCUGAGUCUGGUGAAGUAUUUACAUGGGGGUGCAACAAGGAGGGACAACUUGGGUAUGGCACUUCAAAUUCAGCUUCAAAUUAUGUGCCUCGUGGGGUUGAGUACUUGAAAGGCAAACAAUUUGUAUCAGUUUCUGCAGCAAAGUAUCACACAGUUGUUUUAGGCACAGAUGGAGAGGUUUAUACCUGGGGCAACCGCCUAGUAACUCCAAGAAGGCUGAUCAUUUCGAGAAAUACAAAGAAAAAAGGUUCUGCUCCUUUAAAAUUCCACAGAGUAGAGCGUCUUCAUGUAGUUGCAGUUGCAGCAGGAAUGGUUCAUAGCACGGCACUCACAAGUGAUGGUGCUUUGUUUUUUUGGACAUCAUCGGAUCCAGAUCUAAAAUGCCAACAGCUUUAUUCGGCAUGUGGCAAACAUUUCGUUAGUAUCUCAGCUGGGAAGUACUGGACUGCUGCUGUCUCAAACACUGGGGAUGUGUACACAUGGGACGGAAAGAAAUGCAAGGAUGAUGAACCUCCUGUUGCUUGUCGUCUGCAGGGAAUCAAGCAUGCAACAUCAGUUUCUGUUGGUGAAGCGCAUAUACUGAUUGUGUCUUCCCUAUAUCAACCUGAAUAUCCUCCAAAAUCAACUGAAGUUGGUCAACAUACAGAUGCUGAUAAGCCAGUGGAAGAGUUAGAUGAAGACUUUAUAUUUGAUAAUUCUCAAACAAAUCCCAUUCCUCCUUUAGAAAUAAAUAAUUUAAAUAAAUCAGUUCCAAGUUUGAAGCUAUUGUGCCAAAAAGCAGCUUGUGAGUUCCUUGUAGAGCCCAGGAACGCUGUACAGCUACUUGAGAUUGCAGAUGCUGUAGGAGCUGAUGAGCUGUGGAGGCACUGUGAGGAUAUUGCACUCCACAACCUUAACUUCAUAUUUUCCCUUUUGGCGCCUUCAAUUGCGAAUACACCACCUGAAAUUUUGGCAAAAUUAGAGAAGUCCUUGGAUGCAAGGUCCUCUGAGCCUUGGAGCCAUCGUCGGCUUCCCACACCAACUGCUACAUUUCCAGCUAUUGUCAACAGCGAAGAGGACAGUGACACUGGUUCUCCAAGGUUGCGUGGCCACCUGGCUUCAGCAUGGAAGAACUGGAAAGUCCAGAGAGCGGGAGUCGGGUUUUUGCAACCAAAAAGUGAAGUUGAUCAAGCAAUCUCUAAGCAAAUUAGAGCCAUAAGGAAGAAAUUGCAACAGAUAGAAAUACUUGAGGCUAAGCAGGAAAAUGGGUAUGCCCUGGAUGAACAACAAAUAGCAAAACUUCAGACUCGUCAGUCUCUAGAAAAUGCUCUUGCUGAGCUGGGUCUGCCUCUUGAGGCAGAGGCAGAGGCAGCAAGAAGUUCAUCAUGUCUUCUUGCAGAAGGUAAAGGGUGCAAGAAAGGGGGGUCACUUAAGAAGCAUCGGCGUAAAAGCAAGCAUAAGUCUGACAUUGCGGGAACUGGUGAGGAUCAUGGUUUUGUUACUGUACCAAGCUCAAUAAAAGGGUCCUCCUGCUUAGACAACCUUGUUUCUGAAGUCAAGGUCGUUAUGGAACCGAAGGAAAGUGAUGGAGCUGUCAAAGAGAUUUCUUAUCAUGAGGUGGGCGAUAAUCAAUGUAUGACACUGAUGGCAGACAGGCAAUCUACAGUGCAUCAUCUGGAUAAGCAACCUUCUGCUUCUAAGACUACCUCAGCUCGGAAAACUAGAAAAAAAGGUGGAUUAUCCAUGUUUCUAAGUGGGGCACUAGAUGAUCACCCCGAAGAAGUGGUUGCUCCUCUGACACCUAAAACAGAGGGCCCGGCGUGGGGUGGUGCCAAAUUCUGCAAAGGGUUAGCCUCUCUCCGUGAUAUACAACACGAACAGAAAACAUCUCCAAGCCCUCCAGGUAUCAAGGUUAAGGAUGUUGGUGAUGGAUCUUCUGCAGAAGGAGGCAGUGGGCUGAUUAAGUUGAGUUCCUUCUUUCCUGGUUCGGUUUCAACCCCAAUAGCUGUGGCAUCUGCAUGUUCUCCUGCUUCCCCGGAGUGUGAAAAGAGCACUCCACCUUGGGCGGCAGCGGGCAGUUCACCAGUUUUAUGUAGGCCUUCUCUCCGGGACAUCCAGCUGCAGCAGGGAAAGCAGCAGAUGCAGUUUACAUCUCACAGCCCAAAAACACGGAGCCAAGGAUUUUCAGUUGGCUCCCCUUCAGAGGCUGCACUGUGUCAUACACCAAAGGAAACUACCCCUAACCGCUGGUAUAAACCAGAGACUGAUGCUCCUUCCUCCAUCCGUGCAAUUCAGAUUGAGGAGGCUGCCAUUAAAGAUCUCAAACGAUACUACAGUUGUGUCAAGCUUGUAAAAAAGCAGCCUGAGUAGCAAUGGGGUACAAUAACCAUUUAGUUUAUCUCGCCUUCUGCUCUGUAAUUCAUGUACAUUUUCCUGUAUAGUCUUUUGUAAAGUGGAUUUUUCUGA